UACCUGCUGCCUCCUCUGAAGCUGCCAGACCUGCUCCUGCUGCUGCUCAGGAAGAGUGUCUGAGGAGUACUUUGCUGACCACUGAGAACAUCAUGAGCUCAAGCUGUUGGAAUGAGAACAGCAGCAGUAGCUGUGGGACUCAGCAGCCCCCAGAGGUGCCGCAGUGCCAAACCCAGCAUUACCACUGCCACCAUCAGUCAAGCCAAACCCAGCACCUACCAGAAAAAAAUGUAGUGUAUGAGAGAGUGAGAACCUACAGUGGGCCCAUGAACAAGGUGGUUCAGGCCUUGGACCCCAUCAACUCACAGGAAGUGCUCUCCCCUCUCAAAACUGCCUCCUCCUACCAAAAUUUGGUUUGGAGCAACCAUUCUCAGGAACUCCAUUCUCCAACAGUGAAAGUCACUGCAUAUCCACAGACUACUAUUAGGAGAUACAUAGUACAAAAUCCUGAACAGGAACCACUUUCUCCAUUCCUAAGAGGAGGCCAUUUCUUCCCAGGAAACAAUGUUAUUUAUGAAAAAACAAUAAGAAAAGUAGAGAAGCUAAAUAUGGAUCAGGAAUACUAUCCACAGGUUCAAUGCCAUCAUCACAUUGUCCAACAGCCCCAGAUCAUCCACUCUCCACACUGCCAACAAUCCCAUUCUAGCCAACAAAUCCAAAUCAUCACGGGAACUGAUUCAAUUUCUACAAACACUGGAAAUGAGUUGUACCAUGGUGGAUUAAGCCAUAUACAUGACCAGGUGAUAACUGAAGAUGAUUGCCCUGCAAAAUUGGACCCCCAAUAUUUUGGAGAGUUACUUGCUGAUCUAAGCCGUAAAAAUACAGAUCUAUAUCACUGCUUAUUAGAACAUUUGCAGAGAAUUGGAGGAAGCAAAGAGGACUUUGAGUCUACAGAUGAGUCAGAAGACAUUGAAUCGUUGAUUCCCAGAGGAUUGUCAGAGUUCACAAAACAGCAAAUUCGCUAUAUUCUGCAGAUGAGGGGUAUGUCUGAUAAAUCACUCCGGCUAGUGCUGUCCACCUUCAGCAACAUACGGGAAGAGCUUGGACAUCUUCAAAAUGACUUGACAGCACUGGAAAAUGACAAGAUAAGACUUGAGAAAGACUUGGCAUUCAAAGAAACUCAAAUAAAAGAGUAUGAAGAACUCUUGGCAUCAGUGAGAGCAAAUAACCGCCAGCAGCAGCAAGGACUUCAAGACUCAACCUCAAAAUGCCAAGCAUUGGAAGAAAACAAUCUCUCUCUUCGAUAUACAUUAUCAGACAUGGAAUAUAAACUAAAAGAACUGGACUACUGUAAGCGUAAUUUGGAACAAGAGAAUAAAAAUAUCAGAAUACAGGUUUCUGAGACUUGCAUAGGCCCGAUGCUGCAGGUGAAAAUGGAUGAGAUUGGCAAUCAUUACAUGGAGAUGGUAAAAAACUUAAGAAUGGAGAAAGAUAGAGAGAUCUGCAAGUUAAGGACUCAAUUAAAUCAGUACCAAAAAGAUGUUUCAAGAAGAGAAGGAACUUGCAGUGACUUCCAAUUCAAGCUUCAUGAACUGACAAGCUUGCUGGAAGAGAAGGACUCCCUUAUAAAACGUCAGUCAGAGGAACUCUCAAAAUUGAGACAAGAAAUGUAUUCAUCUCAUAACCAACCCUCCAGUGGUGGAAAGACUACUAUUAUCAAAAAAAAGUACAGGACACAAUAUCCAAUCCUAGGACUCCUUUAUGAUGAUUAUGAAUACAUACCACCAGGUAGUGACACACAGACUAUUGUGAUUGAGAAAACAGAAGACAAAUGGACUUGUCCAUGAAUGGAUCUCCAACUCAUAGGAGUUUUUUUUUUGUAUGUGUCUACAUUAGUACUUUGUUAUUUCCCAUAACUAAAGGCCAAUCCAAAUUUUGAACCAUGCUACUACCCAGUGAAUCUAAUGGAAUUAAUUAGUUCUGCAAAUGACAGUUUCUUCAGCCACUUAUGAAGCCUAAAUGCUUUCUAUCACAUUUUUGUAUUCAAUAUAGCAACAUGCUGUUUGUUUAAACUCCAAUUCCAGAUACUGUAGAACAUAAUCUACUGGUUUUCAAUAGGGUGCUUUCUAGACACUGAAUUAAUUUGUUGGGGUAGAGACUUUACAAGUUAUUAUUAGAAGAUUUUCUCUGUUAUUAGAUGUGCAAUUCAGCUACAAAAUACUGUUUUUAACCAAAAAAAAAGAAAAAAAAUACUGUGUUAAAAAAAGUUUAACUAGUAUAUGGUAUAUACAGCAUAUAUUUGCUUUCAUCACAUUAAACCUUGUGACUAAAAGAGAUACUCUAUUACAUGCUAUUUAUACCUCUUAGAAACAACUAAAUCAAAGGUGAUGGUUAAUUUCAUUUAGCAGAGAAGUAGGAUAAUAUCUUUUUAAAAAAACUAAAUCCACUACAUUAGUCAUUAUGCUAUUAUAGUUCUAAGAACAUAUCAGUGUCUUGAUUUGGCAAAUCUGUUCUUUCAAAGCAUAUUGUCCCCAAAUGAGCCUACCCCACUUCUUUAAAAAUAUGUAAUACCAUAUUGUAGUAGUGGGAAGAAGGCAGGCAGGCAUUUUUACAGAAGUAUAAAACAUGUAACAUUGAAUUGUAUAAAGGCUUAGGGAAUACAAAGAGCAAGAACAAAUACUUGCUAUCUAUAUCCUAUUUGGGAGAAAAAGAUUUUAUAGUAGAGUAUUUAAUGCAUUUAGAAGCUGGUUGAUUAAUUGGGUUCUAAUGACUUUACAAAGUGAAUGAAAGUAUUUUCCAAAUACAUUAGUAGAUGAAAAUUAAAUCUUAAUUUCAACCCCUCUGGUUAAAGUUAAGAAUUGGCAAAAAUUAAAAUGUUUACAUUUGACAAAGUAUAGAUUAAGGCAGUAAAUAUAUUUGGGCUACAUGUGAAUGAGGUUUUGCAAUGAAAUACCUUUGAAUAUAUCUAUAUAGAAUUGCCAUGCCUGACAAUUAUAUGCUAAUAAUUACUCAUUAUACUAAGAAACCAUUAAGGUAGGAACAGAUGAGGAAUUACACUAAAUCAAACCAUAAAUGAGAUAAAUGUUUUUAAAAUUCUUAUAUAAUAUUUAAAUAGGUCUUGAUAUGAAACUAAGAACCUUAUUUUAUUAUCUUAAUACUUUGACUAAAAUGUUAAGCUUUAUAAUGUGGAUUAAUACAAUUCCAAUUUUAUCACUAUUUUGUGAUAUUAAAUGUUAAUAUUCUUCAUGAGCUAUACAGUCCUUAAAUUUUUUUCCUUGGUGUAGGAACAACAGAGCAGUUUCUCUUCUGCUAACUACACAUACAUGUAACUACAACAAAAUUACGCCUUGUUAUCUACCCAUUACAUAUGAUAAAAUGGAAGUUUUUAGUAGCCUGAUAGAUAUGGUAGUCAUGCUACCAUGACAUAUGAAAAUUAGAACAAGUGUGAUUUUCCUAAAAUGUUCUUAAAUAAAAAUCACAAUGUCCAAAAUUUGGGGCAGUUAAGAAAUCAACAGUUCAGUGACUCAGUUGAUCCAUGCACAAUGGAUGGGUAUUAUAAUGAGGUGCUCAUUAUACUUAACAAACUUAAAUGUAUGUAUUCCUUUUCCAAUUUGUGGUUAAGAUUAAUAGAAAUAGUAGUGAUAUUUUUCCUCUCACAAGUUUCACACAGCUUAUCUUUGAAAAUUGCACAGUUAUUGUCAAGUGAGAAAUACCUGUUUAUCUAAUUUCUAUUCCAGUAUGUUUUGCUUUAGAUAUCAAAUAAAAUGGAGACUGUGCAACUACA